AUGGGUGAGGGUGUCCUUCUUUGGCUUGUUAACAGAAGUAAGGACUCCGCCAUAAACAAGGUAGGUAGAUUGAAACUGGCCGUACAAUUCCUCAUGAUAGAAAGUGUUAAACACUUAGCUACAAAAAUUACCUUCUUUAACUCAAGGAAAUGCUUCAAAGAUGGUGCCUUAAGGUUCCUAGGCCAUGUUUUUUUCUUCCUUCUAAUGCUCAGAAUCUCAUCUCAUGACCGUUCAAAAAAAAAACCAUCAUCUCAUUUUCUUCCAGUGAGAUCCUUUCUUCUCUUCUAUUGGCAUUCAUCUAUCUCAACAUCAUCUAAGCCAUGUGUGUCUUUUUCUCUUCUUUUUACUGGUUUCAUAACUUCCCAAGGUUUGUAUUGUGACCAAUAG